AUGACGGUCGAAGUUAAGGGCCGCAUUGUUCAGAUCACUAACAUUUCGCCGACCUCCACUAUGGAGCAAAUGAGAACACUUUUUGGACACAUUGGUGUCAUUGAAGAUAUCGUUCUUCAUCCGCCCGAGAAAGAUGAAACACUGACUAAGGUCUGUUUCGUUAAAUAUGCAGACGUCGUUAACGCAGAAGUUUCUUUGCAUUUGAAUAACACAAUUUUUCUCGACCGGGCUCUGAUUGUUCUCCCGCUAGUUGAUGGACGUGAUACUAUUCCUGACGAGAACUACGCCAAUCUGCAAGCCAUACACACAAUUGAACCGAGACUUGCCACAAUGGGAUUCCCAUCCUACCCUCCAUUGCCUGCUGCAACGGAUGUAAAUCGUAUCGAGGAGAUUCGUCGAACUGUGUUUAUAUCAAAUCUUAGCCCUAAGACUACCGGCGAAGAGGUUCUCGAAUUUUUUAACGCACACGCAGAAGUUAAGUGUGUGCGCAUGGCAGGCACUGACGAGGACAGGGCAGCCUAUGUGGAGUUCACUGAACAGCCCUCUGUUGUCAAAGCCUUUGGUUUGAUGGGUGCAACUAUAGGCGACCGACAGAUCAUGGUGCAACACUCUAACUGCGCCAUCAUAAAACCGGCAAGUGCUCUGCUCGGUCUUGAGGAUACCGCAAAGAAGAUUUCCCCUCCGCCAAAUCCGAGUCUAAAAGAUGGUACGUAG